AUGGCUCAGAUCUUUGGCCAAUGUGACCCUCGGUUCUCUAAGCUUCGCGACUUGAUGCAACAAUUCAUCACGUCUGGGCAAGAUAUCGGAGCCAGUCUAUGCGUGAACAUCAACGGCGAGGAAAAUGUCGUGGACAUCUGGGGUGGUUGCGCGGACCCAUCAACCGAAAAGCCCUGGGAAAAGGAAACCGUGGUAAACGUCUUCUCAACUACGAAGCUGGUCACCAACCUCGCGGCUCUCAUGUUGAUUUCCCGCGGCGUGCUCCGUCCUGAGGACAAGCUUGUCCAUCAUUGGCCUGAGUUUGCGGUGAACGGGAAGUCUGAGGUCACGGUUGGCCAAGUCUUAGCCCACACGGCGGGUCUCAGCGCAUGGCAGGAUGAUAUGACACUGGAGGAGUUGUGCGACGCCAACGCGGCAACCGACAAGCUGGCCCAUCAGGCAACGCUAUGGGUCCCAGGCAGCGCAAUGGGAUACCACGGCGUGUCGCAGGGGUUUCUCGUAGCGGAGUUGGUGCGAAGGAAGACGGGCAUGUCUCUCGACGAGUUUGUAACAAAGGAGAUUUGUCACCCGCUCGGCAUCGGGACGGACUUCCAGCUCGGAUGCCGCAAGGAGGAUCGGAGCCGCGUGGCCCCUGUCGUGGCCCCACCGGGACCUUCGAUCCAAGAGGCACUUGAGCAGAUAGGGUGUGAGCCGGAGUCGAUCACAAUGCGAACAUUGUGUAACCCUCUACUCCGAGCUGAGGACGCCAAUACUAUUCUCUGGAGGUCCAGCGUGUUGGGAUCAGUCAACGGUCACACAAACGCUAGGGCCUUAGUCAAGAUCCUCUCUUGCAUCUCGCUUGGCGGCAUAUGCGCGGACGGCGGCCAUCGCCUGCUUUCGGCCGAGACCGUGGAACUGGCACUUACGGAACAUGCGAGUGGUGUGGAUUUGGUCACAGGGCGGCCCGGGAGGCGCGGACUUGGGAUUUACCUUACCGGACCUGGCUCGGGAAUCGUCGAAGGCAAGCUUCCAGAGGGUCGUGUUGGAUGGGGUAGCGGUUGGGGAGGCUCCAUUGUGGUGAUGGACAGGGACAGGGGGCUUACGAUCGCAUAUGCCAUGAACAGGAUGCUGAAUGCAGAGCACCCUUCCCCAGCUGCGUUUAUUAAGGCGGUUUAUGGGAUACUUGGAGUAAUCCUUGAUGCCUAACUAGCCUCCGUUGAACCCCCUCUAGUCUAGGCCCCAGCCUCAAGUCCCCGGGGAUCAAUUUCACGCAACCUUGCCUUACAAUUCAUUGCGGCCUGCAUUGUCACAUUAGAACUAAGCAUAGUCGAAACAGUAAAGUUACGCACAGGAGUUACAAUAGUCAGAUGUGCGUGGGCGCUUUCUUCCACAC